AUGGGCAACUCUUCCCCCUGCCGCUGCGUGCUCGCCGUCGCUACCGCCUUGCCCUCUCCGCGUCGCACUCCCAGGAUGCCCUUCCUCCCCCAGAGAUCCAAUAUUUCAAACCCAACGGCUUGUACUCCACCUGUCAAUGGGACGCCAAAACGGUGCGGCAUCUCAUUCCCCGCCAUGAGCUCACCCCUCGUCACCCCGGUAUGGACGAGCCUUCGGAAUCGUUGCGCGAAGAAGGUCCUAUCUCCAUGCUGGUGUACCCCGUCCUGA